AGUAGGUAUAAAAAUGGAAAGGCUAAGCUCCUCUUCCCUCAGUCGCGAGAGUUUUACCAGUAGGGCCAGUGAGCAGGAUAGUAUCGAAUUGUACAUGGCUCAAGAGCUAAGAUCUGAUUUUGAAAGAGACAUUUUAGACUCAGAUGCCCUUGAGUUCAACGAAUUUGAAGAAGCAAAGAGGCUUCAUAUUUCUGAUGAGGAGUUCAAAGGAAAUCAAGAAGAGAUAAAAGAUAUUUCUAUUAACAGAAAACCUAAAAAGAAACUCUGGUUAAAGAAGAUAAGAAUGAAGCUUCCCCGGAAAGUUAUUUGUUCAUGCUCAUCUCAAUCUGCCUUAAGCCAAGACUCAAAGUCAGAGCUUCUUAAAUGCAAUGUUUGAUAUGACGAUUCCUAUCAGAGAGCCUCUCUUUGAAGAUUCUGAGGAAACAGUGCUUGCAGCCAAUGCUGGAGCAAUAUUUUAAGAACAAACUCUAAUUGUCCAUUUUGAAGGAAGGCUCUUCGCCAGAAUGAUCUAGUAAAAGACUUAAGGGUAGACCAGAUUAGACAAAAGGAAAUGGAGCCCAAGAGCUCUGCUGUGAAUACUCUGAAUAAAGAAUGCUAUGACCAUGAGAAUGAGGGCAAGCUCUACUGUGAAAGUUGCUCUACUUUCUUAUGUCUUGACUGCAUUACUAGCGGAAAACAUACAGACCAUAAAAUCUGAGACAUUAAUGUCAAUCCCAGACUCAAAAAGAAGAUCGAAGAUACUCACAGCUUCUGCAAGAAACUUCAAGAAGGUACUAAGAGCCUUGAAAAAGUUAUCUCAAAGCAUGGAGAGUUCUUUGACAUUAACCUUGAAAACUUGAAGCAAGUUAUUGAGGAAGCAAAGGAGAAGGUAAUGGCAAGACUUAAACAAAAUGGAGAUGCUUUAAUUUGAAAGCUUACUCUUGGCAACUCUCUCAAUGCUGAAGCCAAGGAUCAAUGUGGAAAAUUAAAGCUACUUACAAAGAAAACUGCAAAGCUUGGUUUGAAAACUAUUGAAAUAAAACAACUUAAAGAGGCUUUCGCUAAGCAAAGCCAAAUCUGUGAGGCUCCAAACAUUACAGAGUUUGCCAAAGCUAACAUUUUGACAGAGAACUAUCUUAAGGAACUGUUCGCUCUGAACAUUGAUUACACCGACAAGGCCAAGUUCUCAGAGAUUAUCUUGUCAGAACUUAAACAAGGAAUUGAUGGACUCUUCUCCUAAAUUGGAAUUAAGUUACUGCUUUCAAUGAUAGCUCAA